AUGGCGUCGCAGGGCGAAUUCUCCGCGGCCAUGACCAAUCGGUCGCUACGCACCAUCCGAACUGAGCUGGAAUUCCUCACAGAUGCCUCUGUUAUCACACCGCAACAAUUGGCGAACUUCCUAUCCCAACUACCAAACCAGACACAACUACACGCACCCGUCAUGUCGGCAGCAGGCCCCAUACCCGCCCCAGUACAAUCUCCAGUGCAGUCCCCAGAGCCUACUCCAGCAUUCAUCCCUCCUACCGCCCAGCUUCAAAAUACGACUUUGAAUGAGAAAGCGCCGACACAGUAUCCCAGUCCGGCCCCACCGCCGCCUGCCUAUGCUCAGACACCACCAGUCUUGUCAAUUUCAUCGGCCAUGUACGCCUACACACCGACCGAUGCUGGCGAUCUUGCCCUUCAGCCGAAUGAUCGUAUUCAGGUCCUGGAGCACAUGAACAACGAUUGGUGGCGUGGUCGAAAUGAGCGAACAAACCAGGAAGGAAUAUUUCCUCGAAGCUAUGUCCGAGUUCUGGAUGAAAAGCCCGCUCCUCCGGUCCUGUCUCCUCAGCCGACCAGCUACGGAAAUAUGCCUUUGGAAGUCGCUCAAACCGGAUCCUCUGCGACUGACGCCGCCGGCCGUCGACCCAGCAAAUUUGAGGAGCAAGGCAAGAAGUUUGGAAGGAAGAUGGGCAAUGCUGCAAUUUUCGGUGCUGGUGCCACGAUCGGUUCCAACAUUGUCAACGGCAUCUUUUAA